AUGAACCUUCCCGUGGGGCCAAGAGUCCCACUGGACCCAGCCCAGGAGCCCAGCUGCAUGGCCACCCCAGCCUCACCCAGCAGGUGGGACAGUUCCCCGAGCAGCGCCUCCAGCCUGGACCAACCUCUGCCCAUCAGUCCCACGGCAGCUGGAUCUCAGGCUGCUGCCUGGGUCCCCUUUCCCACAGUCGAUGUUCCGGACCACGCCCAUUACACCCUAGGCACAGUGAUCCUGCUGGUGGGGCUCACAGGGAUGCUGGGCAAUCUGACGGUCAUCUAUACCUUCUGCAGGUGCAUACUUCAUGGAGUCAAUGUAAUGAUUAAGAGCAGAGGCCUCAGGACACCUGCAAACAUGUUCAUUAUCAACCUCGCAGUCAGCGACUUCCUCAUGUCUUUCACCCAGGCUCCCGUCGUCUUCAUCAGCAGCCUCUAUAAGCGGUGGCUCUUUGGGCAGGCAGGCUGUGAGUUCUAUGCCUUCUGUGGUGCUCUCUUUGGCAUCACCUCCAUGAUUACCCUGACGGCUAUCGCCCUGGACCGCUACCUGGUGAUCACACGCCCACUGGCUGCCAUCGGGGUGGUGUCCAAGAGGCGGGCAGCGCUUGUUCUGCUGGGUGUCUGGCUCUACGCCCUGGCCUGGAGUCUGCCACCCUUCUUUGGCUGGAGUGCCUAUGUGCCCGAGGGGUUGCUGACCUCCUGUUCCUGGGACUACAUGAGCUUCACACCAUCAGUUCGUGCCUACACCAUGUUGCUCUUCUGCUUCGUAUUCUUCCUUCCCUUGCUAAUCAUCAUCUACUGCUACAUCUUCAUCUUCAGGGCUAUCCGGGAGACAGGCCAGGCUCUCCAAACUUUUGGGGCCUGCGAGGGCCUCAGUGAGUUGCCCCGGCAACGACAGCGGCUACAGAGCGAGUGGAAAAUGGCUAAGAUUGUACUGCUGGUCAUCCUUCUCUUCGUGCUCUCCUGGGCCCCCUACUCCACUGUGGCCCUGAUGGCCUUUGCUGGGUACUCGCAUGUCCUGACGCCCUACAUGAACUCGGUGCCAGCCAUCAUCGCCAAGGCUUCUGCCAUCCACAACCCCAUCAUUUACGCCAUCACCCACCCCAAGUACAGAAUGGCCAUAGCCCAGCAUUUGCCCUGCCUUGGGGUGCUGCUGGGCAUGUCAGGCCAGCACACUGGCCCAUACACCAGUUACCGUUCCACCCACCGCUCCACACUGAGCAGCCAGGCCUCGGACCUCAGCUGGAUCUCCAGACGGAGGCGCCAGGCAUCCCUGGGAUCUGAGAGUGAGAUGGGCUGGACGGACACGGAGGCAGCAGCUACGUGGGGGACUGCGCAGCAAGUGAGUGGCCCGUCCCUCUGGGGUCAGGACCUGGAGGAUGUGGAAGCCAAGGCCCCUCCCAAGCCCCAGGGAUGUGAAGCAGAGGCUCCCAGGAAGACCAAGGAGCUGCUCCCCAGCCUAGACCCUAGGAUGUAG